ACAAUGUCUCAUGUGCUCUCGUUAGCUCUGAUCGGGUUGGUGAUCUGUCAGGGUUUAGCACAACUUCUGGAUGAAAAGUGUCACGAUCCAAAAAUUUCAAAGAAUAUCAAUUUCAAUCAUGGUGCAAUUGAGGCAGCACCCUGGAUGGCACGCAUUUACAAUAAUAACCAAUUUAUCUGCGAAGGAACGCUUGUUCACAAAUGUUAUUCCGCGAGUUGCAUAUUAAGAGAUAGUCAACUGUACGUUCUUUUGGGGAUGUACAACCAACAGAACAACGAAUCGCAUUUCUCUAACAACGAACAAUAUGGAGUGGCGGUGGCUAUUCAAAAUUCCAUGUCCUAUCCAAACAAUGGCGUAAAUGAUAUUGGUCUUUUAAGACUUUACGGCGAAGUGACGUAUAAUGCCCACAUCCGCCCGAUUUGUAUAAUAUUAGAUCAUGUGGUAAGCUCAGCACCAUUUGAAAGACUUAAGGCCUUUGGAUGGCUACAACAGAGAAGUGAAGCAUCCAGCCAAGUGAGGCAGACCGUAUAUCUCUCCCAGAAAAAGCCAUUUGAGUGCCAUCGAAAUGGCCAGUUGUUGCCCAUUAACGAGGGGCAAUUCUGCGCCGGCAAUAAUGAUAUGAGUUUUUGUGACACCUGUGGCGGCGACUCCGGCGGUCCUUUGGUGGCAAAUUUACCAUACCGCGGAGAAUCAGUCGCCGUUCAAGUGGGGAUCGUGAGCUACGGAUCAAUGGAGUGCAAUAGUAAUGGCGCCUACACCGAUGUAAUGCAAUACAAAGACUGGAUGCGAGCGAUAAUUGCACCAACGACAAAGAUUCAACAACUUUUUUAUGAGAAGUGCGGCAGCACUUGGAGCGGAGGAAUCGAUGUGCUCCACUUUGAAGUUCCCGUAAUUAAUCGUAAUUUUACCGGCUCAUUGAUCACAGAUCGAUUUGUCAUAACUGUUGCAAGCGCUUUUCUCAGAAAUCCCAUUGAAAUAAAAGUAAAGUCCGUAUAUUUUACGAGCUUUGACGUUAAAGCGGUCAUCAGGCACCGCGAAUUCGGAACAUCUCCAAUGAAGGACAACAUAGCUAUAAUGGAACUGUCUAAGCCUGUACCAAUUUCACAUUUCAUAAGCACGAUCUGUUUGGAUCUAAAUAUGAAUGCCAGAACGUCGCUGACUGCCAUUCUCUACAGUACAAAUAAAGACGUACUCGGUGCUCAAAAAGUACAUUUUGAUCAAAUUAGCAGUUCUGAAUGCUCCAAAAUGAUUCAACUGCAACUACAACCUUCUCAAUUCUGUGUCACGAAGCCGAGAAGCGACUUUAAAUUUCACUUACCGGGCUCUGUUUUGGGUACAUAUGAUACUAUCAACAAAGACAAAAAGUUCCUACUGCUCGGUAUGAUAAGCUUUAUUAAGAACGAUUUGAUCGUUUUUACUAAUGUUACGAGUUACAAAGAUUGGAUACGAUUAGUAACUAAGACCCAACAAUAACAUAUAUUGAAGAUAACCAACCCACCAAGGACUUUACCAACCCCACACAACCACACCACUAAGCAUAUAAAAAAUUCUAUAAUUUCCAAACAACACAAACUUAUAUUAUCGCAUUUAAAGCUAUUUUAUCACAGCUACA